AUGUGGAGACGAGUGAAAAAAUGGUUCAAAGACCAUUUUUGGGAUACAAAAUCUGAGCGCAGCCGUGAGAUAGGUACGCUGAAGAAAUUAAUGAAGAAUGGGAUGACAUCAAGCCAGACAAUCAAAUUUGUGGAGGACUGCGCAGCGUUUAUGGACCGCUUCACGCGACUGGAAUCAAUCUUGCGUGAUAUGGACACCGAACUUCCUGGUGUGGCGGACCAUAACUACGUCGACAUCGCACUUCUUCCUGAAAUCAAAAAAGUGCUGAGCAUUCGCUAUGACCAAGAGAUAUCUGAAGCCGAGUGGACCAAUCUCCGCCAAGUCAUCCUGGCCGCCUUCCUUCGAUGGCGCAAGGAUAUGGAUCUCAGUCUAGCCGUCUUUGUUCCUGAACUGACCUGCGUGUACAGAAGUCUGGAUACACUUGAUUAUCCUGCAACUCUAUUCUGGUGCUGCAAGUGUUCUGACUUGGGGCUAACGCGUGCUGUGACCUAUGUUGAUAUGAUCUCUCAUCGCUGCUGCAACGAGCCUUUCGAUUUCGACAGUACCUCCUGUCGAUUCUCAUAUUCAUAUUCCGAUUAUCAUCAGGCUGCCGUAUUCUACUUUUGGUAUAAUCCGUGGUCCUACCAUUGCCUGAAAUUUCACAGCGGAUCGUACCUGGUCGUGGAUAGUGUGGUCACCCGUGGUGAGCAUGGGUGUAGGGCAUCGCGGGGUCAUAUAGAUUCCCUACGAACUCAGUUCAAGUGUAUAGCUUGCACCAAAAAUGCACCAUGGCCGACCGCGGAUUGGCCGGACGUGGUACAACAUGUAUUGACCCACUCAUCCUUGUGA